UUGAAACUUGCGUAUUAAUUUUUACCAAGCCAAAUAUUUAAGAAAGCAUUUAUCAUUUGAUGACUCGCAAAAUCCAUGUAAUUCUAUGUUGAUGAACAAAAAUAUCCAGAUCUUUUUGAGUAUCUGUUUAUUCCUUUAAAUAUGUGCAAUUAGUUCCGAUACACACCAGAUUAUUACUAGGUGGAAUCCCAUGAGUUGGGGUGUCAUUUGUUUCAAAACAAAAGGAAUGGAUAAAGCUAACUAGGAACUAGUAAGUCUACCUUCGGACAAAAACAACCUCAUUCAACAGCCUCUCUCUCACCAAAAAGUAAGGCAUUGCUUGAGAUUGUGGCUUCCUCUGCGUCAUCUUCAGCUUUCUCGGCCCUCUCUUCUCUGUUCCAAGCACUCACAGAGUCACAGAAAUCAGCAAUUAAGGAAUAGUUCCAUCAAGCUUUAGCUCAAGUGGCACCUUCUCCCCUUGUAAGAGCAAAGUUGAGGGUGAGGUUGUUGGUUUUAACUUUUAAGACUCACACACCUAUAAAGAAAAAAAUGAAGCAUGAAGCUUUAGUCAAACAUGUGUAGGUUUUGUCUUCUGGAACCUCAACUGGAUGCACUGAUACUUCAAACUUUUGAAGUAUGACGGUUAGAAGCUAUGCUGGCAUCACAAAACCUGGUUUUUGGCUUGUACAUUCAGAGUUACCUGUUCUUACUCUCCUUAAACCCAAGUUAACUUCCUUAUCAAUUCUAAAGGUACUGGGUGACCACAAGAGAGGAAUAGGGUUAAUUACAAAAUGUCAGUACUCUGUAGCUGAUAGAACAUUUGCAUCGGGUUCUGUGGGUUCAUCAAAGUCCAAGCCAGAUGCUGUUCGUUUGGGUCGGAAACAAGGAGGUUCCUCAUCCCUAUAUAGUCGUCCUAGUUUAUCAGAAAUGAGGAAUGAGAAAGCAGCAAAUCGUGCCAGGGUUUAUGAGUUCUUGAGGGGAAUUGGCAUCGUUCCUGAUGAGCUUGAUGGUUUGGAGCUUCCUGUGACAGCUGAGGUUAUGAGGGAGCGUGUGGAUUUUCUUCACACAUUAGGGCUUACAAUUGAAGACAUUAACAACUAUCCACUUGUUCUUGGCUGCAGUGUAAAGAAAAAUAUGAUUCCUGUUCUCGAUUAUCUUGGAAAAUUGGGAGUUAGGAAAUCCACUUUCACUGAGUUCUUGAGAAGAUAUCCACAAGUUCUCCAUGCUAGUGUUGUUGUUGACCUUGCUCCGGUGGUCAAGUAUCUUCAAGGAAUGGAUAUCAAGCCCACUGAUAUUCCUCGGGUUCUUGAGAGAUAUCCAGAAGUGUUGGGAUUCAAGCUUGAGGGGACCAUGAGUACAUCAGUGGCAUAUUUGGUUGGAAUUGGGGUGGCAAGAAGAGAAAUUGGAGGGGUAUUAACUAGAUACCCUGAGAUUUUAGGCAUGCGUGUAGGCAGGGUGAUCAAACCUUUUGUGGAGUACCUGGAGAGCUUGGGCAUUCCAAGAUUGGCUGUGGCUAGACUGAUAGAGAAGCGGCCUCACAUCCUGGGCUUUGGAUUGAAAGAGAGGGUAAAACCCAAUGUUGAAUUUCUUUUGGAGUUUCAUGUUAGAAAAACAUUACUUCCUUCUGUAGUAGCACAGUAUCCUGAGAUUAUAGGACUUGACUUGAAGCCAAAGCUUCUCAGUCAACAGAGUUUGUUUAAUUCAAUUAUUGAUAUUGGUCCUGAGGAUUUUGGCAGAGUUGUUGAGAAGAUGCCACAGGUUAUUAGCCUCAGUAAAGCACCUGUGAUAAAGCAUGUGGAUUUUCUAAAGAAUUGUGGAUUCUCCUUGCAACAAGUGAGGAAGAUGGUCGUGGGGUGUCCCCAAUUGCUUGCUUUGAAUCUCGACAUUAUGAAACUUAACUUUGAUUACUUCCAAAUGGUGAUGAAAAGGCCUUUGGAUGACUUGGUUAUUUUCCCUGCAUUCUUUACUUAUGGCCUGGAGUCUACCAUAAAACCAAGGCAUAGGAUAAUUGCCAAGAAGGGCUUAAAGUGUUCUCUUGCAUGGCUUCUUAAUUGCUCUGAUAACAAGUUUGAGGAGCGGUUGAGCUAUGAUACUAUUGACAUGGAGGAGAUGGAAACUGAGCCAUCAUUUGACAUGAAUACACUAAUGGAACCAAGGAGCAGUGAGUCAGCUUCUGAUUAUGAUGAGGACAGUGAUGAUGAUUAUGUAUAAAAAUCAGGAGUCAGCUUCAGCCAAUGGUCUGCGGUGGAAUAUCUUGGCUUUUCUCAUGCUGGAUCUUCGAGUAGACAGUUUAGAUGCAAUAGUUAAAUGGUAAAAUUUUUUAUCUGUGUACUUGCAUGUAAUGGAUCAGUCUGGUGAUUACAUUUUCUUUUUAGGUCCUUUUUUAAGGCUGUUGUCUAAAUAUGCUGUCUGAGGCCUGGCAUAUAGACACUUGGAGCAUAACUGAUUUAGUUAACUCUCAGUGCUUGAAAACUGAUAAUAUAGACUUAAUGUUUUGGUCAA